CGUUGGCGUUCGAAAUCAGCCAAUGAUAGCCCUGCUCCGGAGCUCUUUCUCCGCCUCCUCCGCUGGCCUGCGAGUGCUCGGAGAGAAACGGGGUGUUAGUGGCCGGUGCGGAAACGUUGCUUAGGCUAACACGAGAUGACCGGUUCAAACGAGUUCAAGCUCAACCAGCCACCCGAGGAUGGCAUCUCCUCGGUCAAGUUCAGCCCCAACACCUCUCAGUUCCUACUGGUCUCCUCCUGGGAUACGUCUGUGCGCCUCUACGAUGUGCCCGCCAACUCCAUGCGACUCAAAUACCAGCACACUGGUGCUGUCUUGGACUGCGCUUUCUACGAUCCAACGCAUGCCUGGAGUGGAGGAUUAGAUCAUCAACUGAAAAUGCACGAUUUGAACACUGAUCAAGAAAAUCUGGUUGGAACUCACGAUGCCCCUAUCAGAUGUGUGGAGUACUGUCCGGAAGUGAAUGUGAUGGUUACUGGAAGUUGGGAUCAGACAGUUAAACUGUGGGAUCCCAGAACUCCUUGUAAUGCUGGGACCUUCUCUCAGCCCGAAAAGGUAUACACCCUGUCAGUGUCCGGGGACAGGCUGAUUGUGGGUACAGCAGGCCGCCGAGUGCUGGUGUGGGACUUGAGGAAUAUGGGCUAUGUGCAGCAGCGCAGGGAGUCCAGCCUGAAGUACCAGACUCGCUGCAUCCGUGCCUUCCCAAACAAGCAGGGUUAUGUGUUGAGCUCCAUUGAAGGCCGAGUGGCAGUUGAAUACUUGGACCCAAGCCCUGAGGUUCAGAAGAAGAAGUAUGCCUUCAAGUGUCACAGGCUAAAGGAAAACAACAUUGAGCAGAUUUACCCAGUCAACGCCAUUUCCUUUCACAAUAUCCACAAUACAUUUGCCACAGGUGGUUCUGAUGGAUUUGUAAAUAUUUGGGACCCAUUUAACAAAAAGCGGCUGUGCCAGUUCCAUCGAUACCCCACUAGCAUUGCGUCUCUUGCCUUCAGUAAUGACGGAACUACGCUUGCAAUAGCAUCGUCAUAUAUGUAUGAAAUGGAUGACACGGAGCAUCCUGAAGAUGGUAUCUUCAUUCGCCAAGUGACAGAUGCAGAAACAAAGCCCAAGUCCACGUAAUCAUAUGGUGGAAGUUGUUUCUCUGUGGAAAGCUUUGCUUCCUACAAACACUUGCUUCUCCCAAGGGCUGCUGUAGUCAUUGGAGACUCCGUCUAGUGUGUGGAUCUCUGUUUCCUGUCAUAACAGAAAUGUCUCUUGUCUACUCUGUAAUUGUUUGGGGUGGGGAGGCUUCAUGCCCUUGUACAGUAGUCGAAUUCUCCUGUCCCUAAGUAAGCCCUGUUGCUGUUAAUAUUCCAGCUCUUUAUAGCACAGUCUAAAACUGUUAAUAUUUUUCUGCUGUCUAAAAAAUCAGAUUUGGGACUUUUAAAAGUUGGGUGUUUUUUUUAAAGAUUUUGGUAAUUAGUGUCAUUUACUGCAUAACAAGACUUUGCUUAGGCAAAGUGUUCUUUAUCAAGGGCAUGUUGUGAGUGACAUUUGACCUUUAAAUGUACUCUGCCUCAUUUAUUUAUGUCUGCUCUUGUACAUUUCCCCAGCCCUGGAUAAAGUAAUGCACUUAAGUUCACUCAGCCAAUUGGUUCAUGUUCCCUUGGCGGGUCAGUGACACCCGUGAACCAUCUCUACAGCUCUCCUCAGGAUGGGCAUAGACUGGCAGCCUCAGGGCAUCUCUGGCAUAGUGCUAUAGCAAUGCCAGUGCUGUGGAGAGCAUGUAUCCCUGUGCUGACAGACAUCCUCUGCAGACAGAGAACCAAAUGACUUCGCCAUCAGAUACUACAUCAAAGGGAAGUUCUCGGGGUGGUAAAUGAUGUAACAGCCAGGAGCUGACUGGUGGCAUUGUAUGCUUUUUUAAAAGUUGUAACCACUUGAUUGAGAGCAGAGCAUAAGUUCCAAACAUUGUAUUAAAGAUGGCCAAAUUAAAACCAUAUAUUGGACUUGUGUUUGAUGUGGUGUGAGAGAGCUUCUUCUGGUGGCUUCAUUUAAAUGUCCCUCUCUGUCCCUUAAAACAAAAUGUGUCUUCCUGCCUCCCCUGCAUACUACUUGCCCAGCUCACCAUCUCAAUUUGCCUGUUUGUUAUCACAGCUGCUUUUACCUUCAGUUUGCUAGGUAUAGUUUACCGUGGCCCUUUCUUUUUGAGACUUUAUUUUGUGUUUGGGUGUUUUGCCAAUAUGAAUGUCUUUACACCAGGAGUGUGCAGUACACUCUGAAGUGAGAAGAGGGUGUCAGAUCUCCUGGAACUGGAGCUAGAGACGGUUGUGACCCUCCAUGUAGGUGCUGGGAAUUGAACUCGGUCCUUUGGAAGAGCUGCCAGUGCUCUUAACCUUUGAGCUGUCUCUCCAAUCCAACAUUGGCAUUUUCAAUGGGUUUUCUUACUGAUAAUGUAAAUGUUUCUUCACUCUGUCUUUCUGCUGACUACUACUAUUCUCAGGGUCUUUUGGAUAAAUGUUACACAUCAGUCCUUUUCCUAAAUCCUGUGUCUCCUAGAAUGAUGUGUCUUUGUGUUUUAGCAGAGUACAAGUCAGAUAAUGGUAUGACAGACUAAAGUCUGGUCAAAUUUGCUUUUUGUAUGUGGGGUAUCUGGUGGGUGCAUAUGUGUAUCUUUAAAUUUAGUGUUGGUUAUGAUGUCUUGACAUUAUUUUACAAUAAAUACAUUUGUCACUUGCAA